AGGUACGAUGAAAAAUUAAUCUAUCGAUUCGAACAUUCGAUACGCAUAUAAAGUAUGCACUAAAAGCCGCGAACAUUUAAAAAAAAUGCUUUAUCUUAUCGAGCAACAAAGUAUUUCAGUUUCAAAAAUCAUACAUUCGAAUCCAUACUGAAAUUUAAAUCAAAACAUGGAUUUCAUGAACAUGGGGGUUGUGCGUUUUACUUUAUUAUUUUUUGUAUUUCAUGCAGUCACAUCACAUGAUGAUUCUCAGAUGUCGAGUAUAAUACAAGAGAUAUUAAAAGAAUACAACAUCGAGAAUAACACAUUCGAACACGAAGAAAAUCUAAAUCUCUCAUCGAUAAAUUUCAUCGACUUUCAAGGCGAUGAAAAAUUAAAAUUACACUGCGAAAAACUGCGCUUAUCCCAUCGGCUUUUUGAAAACUUGAUCGUAAUAAGCAAAUUGAGAACUAACACGACGAAAAAAUUCGUACAAAUGUUGAACGAAAUUGAUGAAUUUCGAAGCACAUUGUAUCAAUCGCUACAAGAAGAAACCCAGCCACUGCUGUUUGAUGAAUUCUUCGAAAGAUUCGGUUUUGAAGAUGUUCCCCGUUUCGAUCUCACAGGAUAUCAAUCGAAUGAAUUUAAAAAAUUGACGCUACAGUUGCACGAGUUGAAAUCGAAAGUGAUCGAAUGGGCAAACGACAUCCAAUCAGAAAUCGAGAAAUCUGCUGACUUAUCAACGAGCAUUCACAAGUUUUCUCAGAAUGAGGAUAUACCUGAGGAGCCUUAUGAUGAAUUAAUAAUUAAGGAUUCAUCCCUACCAAAAUCUGAAGAUGACGACGAAGAUACACCUGCGGAAAAAUUUAAGAUAUUUUCAACGAACACAGAUGAAAAGAAUGAAGAAUGGGGAAAAACGGAAGGUGAAAAAUACGUGAAUAAAGAAAUGUAUGCACAAAGUCUGCUGAAUGAAGAAACACUACCACGAUGGGUUCCCACCAUAAAAGACAUGGAGGAAAUUCGAGACAAAUAUGUGAAAUGGAUGACGUUAUUCGAGAAAUCUGAAGACACACGCAUUAAAUCACUGAAAGAAUCUCUCAUAGAUGACGGACAAUCGAUCAAAAUGUUCUGCAGAACUCUGGCUGAGUAUUUCAACACCGUAGGUAUAAUUCAAGAAUGUGAGUCAAAAGGUGACACUGAAUGUGAAGAAAUAAUGAAGAAGGUUCUAGAACAGCCUCAUUUGAAAAAGUUUAUCGAAUUUUUCACAGCUUGGGGAAGCAGCUAAAAUUUUAUUCUUCAAUAUCAUCGUUUUAAUAUUUGUCAUUAAAAUCUGAGUGAAUUUUCAUCGUGCCUAAAUUAAUUUUGUAAAUACUUGGUCAAUUUUUUUUUCAUUGUAAUUUUCUGGUAAUAAGGUACUAAGACUUAAUUCAUAAUUAUUAAUGUAUUUAAAUUUAAUGCUCAAGCUAAUAAAUCAGUAAUUAUGUAGGUA